GAUUCAAACGCUAGAAAUCUCUGCAAUGCACGUAAAUCGCUCCAAUUCGUCAGAAUCAUCAGAUCUUGAUUCCCUUUCGUAUCGAUUUCCGACUUCAAGCCUCAUCCAACGGAAGGAAUCGUCUUCAACAGAUCUCCAAAUCAGCAUCUGAAUCGAUCCGAUACGUCCAAACAUCUCCACCAUUCUCAGAAUUCCCAAUCAGAUCAAAAUAAAUCGCAUUUCUCUUCGUAAAAUUCGUAUCUCGAUCGCUCUAGGCUCUAAAAACCACAAGUAAACUGUCUCCAUUUCGAUUGGAAUUCUUUCAGUUUUCGAUCGGCGGAGAUGGAGAAAUCGUGCAGUCUUCUGAUAUACUUCGACAAGGGCACGCCCGCCCUCGCUAACGAGAUCAAGGAAUCGCUUGAAAGCAACAGCGUUGAUGCGAAGAUCGACGCCAUGAAGAAAUCCAUCAUGCUGCUAUUGAACGGUGAGAAUCUCCCCCAGCUCUUCAUCACCAUCGUCCGUUACGUUCUCCCGUCCGAAGAUCACACGGUCCAGAAACUCCUGCUCUUGUACUUAGAGAUCAUUGAGAAAACCGAUUCCAAGGGUCGUGUCCUCCCUGAGAUGAUCUUGAUCUGCCAGAACCUACGGAACAAUCUACAGCACCCGAAUGAGUACAUCCGCGGCGUCACCCUUCGGUUCUUGUGCCGGCUAAACCAGACCGAGCUCAUUGAGCCAUUGAUCCCGUCCGUCCUUUCGAACCUGGAGCAUCGGCAUUCUUACAUCAGGCGCAACGCAAUCCUGGCUGUGAUGUCGAUAUAUAAGUUCCCGCAUGGCGAACAGUUGCUGGUCGAUGCUCCGGAGAUGAUUGAGAAAACGCUUGUGUCGGAGCAGGAUCCGUCUGCUAAGCGGAACGCGUUCUUGAUGCUGUUCAAUUGUGCGCAGGAGCGGGCCGUGAACUAUCUGCUGUCGAAUGUGGAUAGCAUUGCAGACGGGAAUGAUUUGCUGCAGAUGGUGGUGCUGGAGCUGAUACGGAAGGUCUGCCGCUCGAACAGAGGAGAGAAGGGGAAGUAUAUAAAGAUCAUUAUCUCACUUCUAGAGGCUCCAUCGAUGGCUGUUAGUUAUGAAUGUGCUGGGACCCUCGUAUCGCUCUCAUCAGCUCCAUCGGCGAUACGGGCUGCGGCGGACAAGUACUGCAAACUCCUUGUCUCGCAGAGCGACAACAAUGUGAAGCUGAUUGUGCUUGAUAGGCUCAGUGAGCUGAAGUCAUCUUAUCGGGAUGUCAUGGUUGAUAUGAUCAUGGAUGUGCUACGGGCCCUGUCGAGCUCAGUUCUUGAUGUCCGUCGAAAAACAAUAGACAUUGCACUUGAAUUGAUAACCCCCCGGAACGUCGAUGAGGUUGUUCUUACACUGAAGAAGGAGGUUGUGAAGACGCAGAGUGUGGAGCUUGAGAAGAAUGGGGAGUACAGGCAAAUGCUUGUCCAGGCAAUACACGCCUGCGCAAUCAAGUACCCUGAGGUUGCAAGCACAGUGGUCCACCUGCUGAUGGACUUCUUGGGGGACAGCAAUGUUGCUUCUGCAACGGAUGUGGUCCGGUUUGUGCGCGAGAUCAUAGAGAUGAACUUGAACCUUCGUGUCUCAAUAAUUACCAGGCUUUUGGACAUGUUCUACCAGAUUCGGGCGAUGCGAGUCUGUUCAUGUGCUCUUUGGAUUAUAGGUGAGUACUGCCUCUCGCUCUCUGAAGUCGAGAGCGGGAUUGCAACAAUCAAGCAAUGCCUUGGGGAACUCCCAUUCUACAGGGCUGCUGAAGAAGGAGAUGUUGUUGAUUCUUUGAAACAGGCCCUGCAGGCUAAUUCUAUUGCUGUCUCAUCUAGGAGGCCAGCUGUGCUUGCAGAUGGGACCUAUGCUACCCAGAGUGCCGCAUUGGAAACGGCCAUCCCUGGCCCAACUCUUUUAUAUGGAUCCUCGCCUUCUCCCGGGAAUUUGAGAUCUUUGAUUCUUUCAGGUGAUUUUUUCCUUGGUGCAGUCGUUGCUUGCACAUUGACAAAGCUUGUUUUAAGAUUGGAAGAGGUUCAGACAUCCAAAGUAGAAGUGAACAAGGCGAAAACUGAGGCAGUACUGAUCAUGGUUUCGAUGCUACAAUUAGGGACAUCUUCAUUUCUUCUGCACCCAAUUGAUAAUGAUUCCUAUGACAGGAUUGUCCUUUGCAUUAGAUUGCUCUGCAAUACCGGCGAUCGAGUUAGGAAGAUAUGGUUGCAAUCAUGCCGUCAGAGUUUCAUACAUAUGCUGGCAGAUAAGCAGUUCCAUGAAACAGAGGAGUUAAAAGCAAAGGCCCAGAUAUCUCAUACGCAGCCGGAUGACCUUAUUGACUUUUACCAUUUGAAGAGUAGGAAGGGUAUGAGCCAGCUCGAAUUGGAAGAUGAGGUUCAAGAUGAUUUGAAACGUGCAACUGGUGAAUUCACCAAGAAUGGAAAAGAUGAGAAUAAGCUGAAUCGCAUUCUUCAACUCACGGGCUUCAGUGAUCCUGUCUAUGCUGAAGCAUAUGUCACUGUUCAUCAUUACGACAUUAUCCUCGAUGUUACCGUCAUCAACAGAACUAGGGAGACACUACAGAACCUAUGCUUGGAGUUGGCAACCAUGGGAGAUCUUAAACUUGUAGAACGUCCGCAGAACUAUACACUAGCUCCAGAAUCGAGCAAGCAGAUACGUGCGAAUAUUAAGGUUUCUUCAACCGAAACAGGAGUUAUAUUUGGUAAUAUUGUUUACGAGACUUCAAAUGUUCUGCAACGGACUGUUGUCGUCCUCAGUGACAUCCACAUUGACAUCAUGGACUACAUCUCUCCAGCAACCUGUGCUGAUGCGGCAUUUAGAAAUAUGUGGGCCGAGUUUGAGUGGGAAAACAAGGUGGCUGUGAACACGGUACUUCAAGAUGAGAAGGAAUUUUUGAACCACAUCAUCAGGUCGACAAACAUGAAGUGCCUCACUCCAGUGUCUGCGCUGGAUGGAGACUGCGGGUUCCUGGCUGCUAAUCUGUAUGCGAAGAGUGUGUUUGGAGAAGAUGCUUUGGUCAAUCUGAGCAUUGAGAAGCAAGUGGAUGGGAAGCUUAGUGGAUACAUUCGGAUAAGGAGCAAGACACAAGGGAUUGCCCUCAGUUUAGGAGACAAGAUCACUCUCAAGCAGAAGGGAGGCAGUUGAUCCUCUCUCUCUCUCU